AUGGCGUCCCCUCACGUCGGCGCUUCGGCAAACAGGCGUCCCAAAGAAACAGAUCAGGAAGAGUUCGCCUUACAAGAACUCCGCAAAAGCGUCCACGUCCAUACAACCGAUACCAACCCUUUCCUCACACCCGCCGAAUCAAUGGAAGAAGUCGAAGAGCAACUAGAAGAAGACGAUGAUCUCGACUCGCCCGUCAAAUCGAAAUCGCAUCCUCGCCAUCCAUACGGCCGAUUCAACAGCGACAGCACGACCAACUCUCGCCAAAAACCUAUGCCCGAACCACGAAGACAUUCCCGAAUCAACCUGCUCACACCACCGCAAAGCCCUAUCCCCAAUGCGCCUCUCGUGAUAUGUCUCCACGGCAGCAACGACUCCUGCAUGCGCUCGUGGUUGAGUCUGAUCGAAGUCCUCUAUAAAUCCGGCCACCGCGUACUCCUCUACGACCGUCCUUCGCAAAACCCACACGCCGGCCAGGGCGCGGAUUUGAAACCUCAUCGCGCGGUGUCAGAGCUGUGCUCGUAUUUAUACAGCAUGGAGCUCCGCGGCCCCUUCGUCUUCAUCGCGCACUCCUACGGCGGCUGCAUCGCGCGACUCUUCCUACAGCAGAAACCGAAAGAGGUAGCAGGGAUGGUGCUCGUAGAGACAGGCCAAGAGACAGCACUCGCGCCUGCGGUGGAGGAGGAACAAUACAAACGACAAAUCUUACAAGAUGCGCCUUUAAGCGUCGUACGUGGGAACACUCUGCGCAAGAAACAAGACGAAUGGGUCAAAGCAGCCGCUAUGGCGCGGACAGAAGCGCAAAAGGAACAACUCGAACCACAACGACUGAUGCUCGAGCGCUGGGAGCAAGAAGACGAGAAGAUGAAGCGGAGACAAUUAAGUUUGAGCAAGAGGAGUCGAUACACGCAGGUUCCGAACGUGGGACAUCAUGUGAUACGAGACAGGCCGGAGGCAGUGGUGGAGGAGGUGAAGUGGGUGAUGCAGGAGAUUGCGGCGUCGGGUGUCACGGUUGGGACGAGACCGAUGAUGGCGACAAGGCCGAGCUACAGUAGUCAGGCGAGUGGGUUGAGCAGGAGUGUGAGUAGUGCUGGGGCGGGGUUGAAGAGGGGUUUGAGUACAAGGUUGCAGAGGACGUUUUCGAGGAAGGGGAAGGCGAGUGCUUGA